GGUUGUCCAAACACUUACGCGGCUCGCGUACCCUGGACGUUUUCGUUCCGUCAUCGUGUUUUCAUGAUUAUCAUUGACAUGUAAAUUUUUUUUUAAUUUUCUUUUAAAAUUAUUUUCAACACUCUUUGAAACUUGUUGAGUUGCAAAACACGAGCGAGAAGUUGCACCACACUGUGUCGCGUAUACAGCAGAUCUGACGUUCGCCCGGCGACAAGUUCGACGUACUUCUCGCUUGUUCAUAAAUCAAAUAAUAGUAUUAUAAAAGUGAUUUUUUAAUUUUUUGUUUUUCAUAUAAACCGUUCGUCAAAAGCUCACGGUCAGGAUACAUAUAUGUAUAUUUUUUUAUUUCGAGAAAGUCUUGUUUGAUUUUUUUGCGAGUGCUUUGCCGUUCUCAUCUACAAGUCCUCUUCAGGCGCACACGCCGCUCGGAGUGCAACUUACCACUGUCGCCGUCGACGCACGUCUACUAUAGCCGGGCAAGGUACGCUCAGUCGCUGUGCACUGGUAAAUAUGAAAUCGACGUUGCCUCCAGAAAAACUCUCAUCUACACGACCGGUUAGAGAUAAGUUAUGAUACCAGUUUUAUGAUACCUGAAAAACACAAACGAAACCUAAGUGGGUCCGGUUUGCACUGACCAAUAACACUACAAUGGUGGUAGAUCAUAGUGGACCCAACAACAGUCCAGAUAUAAAAUUUAACAAUGGCAGAGUAAAGAAUCAAGAAUCCAUUGACCUUAAAACUAAAGGCGGAACGAUAGACCAAAUCGAUAAAAAAUUGGAUGCUAUUGAAAAUGGUUCAUUCCAAAGCAAAGAAGUUGCAGACUUCGAGCAUGCAAUUGAACUUACUGGCUAUGGAAAAUUUCAUUAUUUGCUUUUGGUCGUGUGUGGUUUUGUCAGCACCAGUGAAGAAAUGGACGUCAUAUGCAUGUCAUUUAUUUUGCCGUCCGCACAGUGUGACCUUCAGCUGAACACGUCUUCCAAAGGAUGGCUAAAUUCGAUUAUUUUUAUAGGUAUGAUGGCUGGAGCCUACAUAUGGGGCUCCCUAGCAGAUGCACUGGGCCGUCGUAAAGUCCUAAUUGUCAUUAGUUUUAUGAAUGCCUUGUGCAUAGUGGCGUCCACAUUUGCCCAGUCAUAUGGCGUCUUUAUGUUCUUUAGAUUUUUAAACGGAGCGGCGUUGGGAGGUAGUGGUCCAGUUAUAUGGUCAUAUUUUGCCGAAUUUCAACCAAAGUACAAACGUGGCUCCAUGUUGAGUUCAAUGGCAGCAUUUUGGACACUUGGCAAUUUAUUUGUUGCUAGUUUGGCUUGGAUAAUUAUACCGCAAGACAUUGGAAUAAGAUCUCCAAUGUUUUUGUACAAUUCUUGGAGAAUAUUUUUGGCUAUUUGUUCCAUUCCGAGUGUGCUUGUUGCUGUGUUUCUAUUAUUCUUGCCGGAGAGUCCAAAAUUUUUACUGACACGGAACAACCAUGCAGAAGCAUUGGAAGUAUUCAAAAAGAUCUACGCCGUCAAUACUGGAAAUGACCCAGAAAUGUACCCAGUGAAAACUUUAAUAACUAAAGGGAAUAGUUUAGAGCAAGAUUGUAUAAAAAAGAAGUCUUUUAAAAGUAUGACAAAUGAAGUAGCUCAAAACACAAAGAUGAUAUUUAUGCCUCCCAUAUUACAGUACACCUGGAUAUCGAUAGUAAUAAACCUUAGCUUUCAUAUUGGCUAUUAUGGUCUCAUGAUGUGGUUUCCAGAGCUAUUUCAUAGAUUCGAUGAGUUUGCCCGUGCUCAUAACGGUAGCGAAAACGCACUUGUUUGUCAGGUGACAGAUUUUGUCGUACAAAGCGGGUCACAUUCACAUGUUGAGUUGUGUUCAGAUAAAAUUGAAAGCGGUGUGUUUCUCGAAUCAUUUAUUACAGUAGCAGCUGCUAUACCCAGUAAUAUUCUUGCAGUAUUGGGAAUGGACACGUUGGGCAGAAAAUUCUUUUUAGUGUUCAGCACAAUGGCAUCUGGUAUUUGUGCGGUCGGCAUGUCAUUUGUCACAAAUAAACGGCAAAACCUAAUUAUAUCCGCUAUAUUUAGUAGUGUCAUUAGCUGUGGUAACGCUGCAUUAGAUUGUUUAAUUACAGAAAUUUUCCCAACAAAUUUAAGAGCUACAGGAAUGGCCAUAUCUAUGGUAGCUGCUCGCCUUGGAGGUAUUAUUGGCAACAUAGUAAUUGCCACGUUAUUGGAUCUUUAUUGUCCGUUGCCUACAUACAUUGUAGCAGUGCUCCUUAUUGGAGGCGGACUGCUAUGUCUUAUGUUGCCAAACACUACGAGGGAACCAUUGACGUGACCUUCAUCAGAACACAAAAUAAGAAAAAUACAAUUUUUUUUUAGAUUAGUAGUAUACUUUAGUUUGAUAGACAAACAUAUUUUGUGCUACUUUAAAUAUAUUUGCACUAACAAUAUAUGCACAUUUCAUCAAAAAAAUCUUAUUUAAUAUUAUGCAUCCUUUACUCAUUAUUAUUAUGUAUCAUAUGUAUAACUUAAUGCGUAAGCUUGUAUAGUUAUAUAUAUUCUAGACAAAAUUUUAGAUAUAAUGCUUUUUUUUGACUGUGAAUUUAUUG